CUGUCCGGAGCCGAGCGAUGACCCCCUCCCCCGCCGAACAGAUCACGACGUUUGUUUUCGUGAGACAGAGACGAUAGAUAUCUGUCAUUGACAUGCCCUAGGAACCCAACAUCCAUCUGGCAUCCUUCCCAUCUAACCUACAUCGACCAUAGACCGGGAACCCUCCGUACCUGACCAACGAACAAUGGCGUCCUCUGCUUCCCUCCCCAACAUCGCGACCCUCCGAUCCCUCCCAACCAACGACCAAACCGCCUCCCUGGACCUCCUCUUCGAGCCCUCCCCAGCCCUCCACACCCUCGUCCUUCCCUUGCUAGCAUCCACCACAUUCGAAUCCUACAUGGACCUCAUAGACAACAUCCACGACCUACUCACCGACCUCGCCUCCGACUCCACCCCAAAGAACCGCACCGCCCUCCACAACAUCCUGGGCUCCCACCCGCGCCUGGGCGCCCCCAAAGUCAACAGCGCGCAAUCCGCCGCCGAGCAGGCUCGCCUCCGCGCGGGGGGAAGCGAGGCCGAAGCCGCCGAGCUCGCGGCCCUGAACGCCAAGUACGAGGACGCGUUCCCGGGGCUGCGGUACGUUGUCUUCGUCAACGGACGCGGGAGGCCUGAGAUCAUGGAGGAUAUGCGGGACCGCAUUGCCCGUGGGGACUUUGCCGCGGAGGAGAGGGCUGCUAUACAGGCUAUGUGUGAUAUCGCGAAAGAUAGGGCGCGUAAGCUGCAGGGCACUUCCCCAUCAUCGUGAUAUGUGAAUACAGCCAACCAACGCACACUGCCCAUUUCGGAUAUUUCUUGUACAUACCAAGACCUAAUCAUAAUAUCCUCGGUGAUUUUGGACGACCACUGCGCUGUACAACGAUCAACGACCUAGCCAGGAGCUACAUUUAGACAUGUAGAAUCAGUAAUGGACGGCAGGCACUCAGUCAGCCGGUGUGUGACUAGACAUC